AUGGAAAGUAAGCGUGCGUUUGCUAUCGGUACGGACGCCGAGCGACUCCCUACCGCCAACCCAGGUGGUGCUGACGUCGAAGUUACUGAACAUACUGGUUGUUUCGAGGAUGCUCUCUCCCAAACGGUAGUUAAUGAGACGAAAAGCAAAGAUUACGAUUGGGAUCACAACGUCGAAGAAGUCGGUGAUAAAUUCUCGCAUGCUGAAAUUAUUCGUCAGGAUGUCGAAAGGGGAGUUGUAAGAGUUGAUAAUGACUACGAGGAUGCAAGCUGUCAUGAUCCUGCGUUAUUACUUCUCGAUAAUUUGCCCAAG